AUGCAGUGCAACAAGUGUCUUUCAGGUACCAGUAACUGCCCACAUUGCAAAGAGACAUUGAACGAUAAGCUUUAUGAACUUGGAAUAACAGCACAGGAGGCAAUCACUACACACAUACAGCCAGAACAGCCAACUGAUGUGACAUCUCAAGAGAAAACAAGUCAAGAGAAAGAUUGGUUCAAUGAAGUUCCAUCCCUUUCAUCGAACGAAGAAGAAUUGAUACAAGGGCCAAUAAAACCCAACAACCCCUGGCAACCGACAGCUCCAAAAGAACCGACAGUUACAAGUGAUCCAACAUCCCCAGGCAACCCAACAACCUCCAGAGAACCGACAACCCCUAACAACCAGACAAUCCCAAGAAAACCGAAAACCCCAAGCAAUGCCACAGCCCCAAGUAACUCAACAAAUCCAAGCAACCCCACAGCUCCAACUAACCCAAGCAACCACACAGCCACAAGCAGAACAACAACAGCAAGAAACUAUAUCCCAACCUUGAAGUGA